AUGGCAUUGUUGAAGGCUGUGGGCUCUGCUCAAGGCGGUCGAAUCCUGGCUGCUUGCGAACAGAUGUCUGAAUCGUUGCGGGCCGAAAUGGAAGGUCGCGAACACGAAACGACCGCUUUACGUACGGCACUUGCACAAACAGCUGAUGAUCAGGUGGCCUCUCAUUUUACGCAGGCACUACUGAAUAUGGUUAGUAGAGGAGAACUGAAUCCAGCUGAUGUAACAAUCAUCUAUGAUCAAUACAUCCUGCCUCUACCACCUCCAAUAUCGAUUAUUCGUGAUCCAAUAUUUAUUGAGCUCUUGCUUGACUCGUUAUUUCAUUAUGAAGGGCCCAAGACGAUUCCUGAGCAUCGUUUCAAGUAUAUCUUCUUGCUGGCAUGUGCUGCGUCGGUAUCAGAGACAAGGAACAGUAACGGACGACGAACGGUAAGGGUUUAG